GUUCGUUGUCUGCAUCGACAUCAACCUUGAGGGCAUUAUUGUAAUUCAUCCCUCCAUCAUCUUCUCGCAUGCAUUUUGCAGUGGUGCAGCCAAUCUACGCUCCUGCACUCUGCAAAGUGUCUCCAAGAAAGCCUUCACAAACACACGACUCUGUUUCAUACCUUCAAAGAAGCUUUUGAUUUAGAUCAACAACAUUAACAUCAUCUUCACUCUUGGAAUCCUUGAAUAACUUUAAACUUUUUCUUCUUGAUUUUUCACACAAAAACACAGUCAGAGUGUGUGUGAUUCUUGGAAGCUCUUUCACUUGUUCAUGGUGUUCUUGUGUUGUCCUAGCCAUGAACCUAAAGAAACUUGUGUCACUCUUAGAUCUCAUUCCAAAUUGUGCAUCUCCACGAAAGAAGGUAGUUUCUGGAUUUGGGUUAGGGUUCGUUUCAUUUUUCAUUUUCUUAUUUAUGUUAUUUUCUAAUUUUUCUUUCAUAAGCCCAAUUUCAAAUAAACUUUUCUUCCAAGGGUUUACCAUCAGUAACAAUACUUCUCUUAUCGCUUGGUCUAUCUCUUUUAGUAGUACAUCCUCUCUCAAUUCCACUUAUUCUUCUUCAACAACAGCAAUUUUUGUUGAUAAUGCCACACGAAUAGCCCAAAACCCUAAAAUCUUGGUUACCGAGAAUAGGACUGAAUCAAAUAGUUCUAACGUGGAUAUCAGUCUUAAAUUGCUCGGUUUUGAUGAUAAAGCGAAUACCCAUUUGGGAAAUUUCACCGAUAACGUAAAAAAUGUAAGCUUUCAUGGAAUUUCUGCAAAAAUUAUUGAAUUUGAGGAUACCCAUUUGAUAAAUGGAACCUUUAGUAGUGCAAUUGCUCAAGAAAACGCAGAUACGAGUGUUAAAUCAGAUGGUUUAGAUCUAAAUUUGACUUCAAGAAACACGAGCGACGACAAAGGUGAUGGGAUUUCGAAGAAAGUGGGGUUUGUGGACGCUGAUACUGGUACGAAUUCUCAUAUUUUGAGGAGUUACAGUGGAUCUUUUAAAGAAUGCGACAUAUUUGAUGGAAGAUGGGUGAAAGAUGAUAGUAAACCAUAUUAUCCGGCGGGUUCUUGCCCUUAUGUAGACAGAGAUUUUAAUUGCCAUCUUAAUCAUCGGCCAGAUGAUGACUUUGUAAAAUGGAGGUGGCAGCCAUUUGGAUGCGAAAUACCAAGUUUGAAUGCAACUGAUUUUUUGGAAAGACUGAGAGGGAAGAAAUUGGUUUUUGUUGGAGACUCUUUAAAUAGGAACAUGUGGGAGUCACUUGUUUGCAUACUUCGACAUUCUCUCAAGAACAAAAACAGGGUGUAUGAGAUAUCAGGAAAAAGUGAAUUCAAGAAAAAAGGAAUUUAUGCCUUCAGAUUUGAGGAUUACAACUGCACUGUGGAUUUUGUGGGUUCUCCAUUUCUAGUGAGAGAAUCGUCUUUCAAAGGUAGACAUGGUUCUUUUGAAACUCUAAGAUUGGAUUUAAUGGAUCGGACAACUUCAAUGUAUCAUGAUGCUGAUGUUUUGAUCUUCAACACCGGACAUUGGUGGACUCAUGACAAAACUUCUCGGGGGGAAGAUUAUUACCAAGAAGGCAACCAUGUUUACCCAAGACUCAAGGCUCUGGAUGCGUACACCAGGGCUCUUUCUACAUGGGCAAGAUGGGUAGAUAAGAACAUCGACACCCAAAAAACACUAGUUCUCUUUAGAGGCUAUUCACUAACUCAUUUUAGGGGAGGGCAGUGGAAUUCUGGAGGACAAUGUCACAAAGAAACCCAACCAAUCUUCAAUACAAGUCAUCUAACAAAAUACCCAUCAAAAAUGCGAUCUGUUGAGAAUGUGGUGCGAAUGAUGAAGACUCCUGUGAUAUAUCUCAAUAUUAGCAGGCUUACAGAUUACAGAAAAGAUGGUCACCCAUCAAUUUACAGACGGAUGUACACCAAGUCUUUGUCUCCAGAGCAACAAAUGGCUGCAGAGCAAUCACAAGAUUGCAGCCAUUGGUGUUUGCCAGGUGUACCAGACACUUGGAACGAGUUGUUAUAUGCAUCUUUGUUGAAGCUUGGAACAGGGUCUUGGGAAACCUGAAAUUUAGUGUAGAUAUUAAUUGUAACAAGUUUCGGUUUUUAUUUGUGUUUGGAAGAUUGAGAGAAUUAGGAGUUGUAUGUUAUCAGGUGUGUGGUUUUUUAGUGAGAGUUUGGAUUCUAUUUUUCUGUUCGUCCUAACAAAAUAUAUCUUGUAUUUCUUUCUUGAGGG